AUGGACCGCAAGCGCAAACGAGAGCUACGUGACUUAAACCUUCGCGUUUGGUCCGGAGCCAAAGACAUCUACGAUGUUGCAACCUCCCUCGACUCAUCCUUGAAGAAGAAUACUGCCUUCAUAAAACGCCUGCGCACAGGCAUAUCCUCCUCUGGCCAAGAUACCUUUCUUGUGGAGAUUCGCACUCUGUCCUUGCAAAAGUAUCUCUCUGAGAUCAUCUCAGCAACUGCCGAAGGUCUAAGCAAACUGAAGACUGCCAGUGAAAUCGCCGCCGCUGUCGAGAUUGUCAGUGCACUGCAUCAAAGAUUUGGGCCAGGAGACUACACAAAGAAACUAGGCUGGCUCUUGGGGAAGGGCCUGACACUCCCAGACAAGGCACAAGUCAAACUCUGGACUCCCGAAGUCCGUGAACGAGAGGAGAAGGAAAGACUGCAACGUCAUCGUAUUCUACUCCGAGUAGUGACAGAAUUCUGGGUAUGUGGAAUUCUUCGGGGACUCGACGAUGUUGAGCGGCCUGAUGAUGUCUCGGCCAAGGGGAAAGAAACCCCCUCGCAAUCUGGAGGCAAAGCGGCACCACUUUCCAAUGGCGUCAAAACUGACAGUCGCCCUGAACAUGAGCCCUUCCCUCUCGAAGUGUUGAAGGAGUUACUUGGUCAUGAUUCUGAACACGCUAAUAUAAGUCUUGCCGUGCUUUUUGUAAAGAACUUCGCGUGGGACGUCCUGGGUCUCAAAUCGCUCACGGACGAUGGUCGGAAGACAGUCGACGCAGAUGGUGCUGUGGUAGACACAGUCAAGGAUGCAUCGUCCUCAAACGACACAGCUGAAGAGGAUGCACCUUUUAUUCCACCGCCUGUGCGACAACGAUUCAUCAACAUCUUUGAGCGCUACUUGGCUAGUGUUAAUGGCCAUGUUAUACGCGACCAAAAGUCCUUGAACAACCAGAGCCGGCGCAAUGCGGAAGCUUAUGUCAAAAGUGGCGAGAUCUUUGAGGAUCGGCAGGCAAAUUUUGAGAAGCAGACAAAGGCCCAAGAGAAGCUGGUUGCAAAUGCCCAGGUGCUCUGCGACAUCCUUGGACAAGAGAUGCCUGACCUUGAGGACAAAGAUGGCACGGAUAAUGCAGCCUCAGGUACUGUAGGUAUGAUCAAGACCGGCGAGUACCUGAAAGGGUCUGGCGAAGGCGCUGGUUUGUGGGAGGAUGAAGAAGAGCGGCGAUUCUACGAAAAUCUCGUGGACCUCAAGGGCAGGGUACCGGCAAUCUUACUCGAGGACGCGAAGAAGAAGUCCGAAACAGAAGAUCGAGCCGAAGCCAAAGACGAAUCCAGCAAGACUGCAGAUGGUGAUGACCAGUCUACCGCCAUCGCCAAUAAGACAGUAGGAGCUCAGGUCGAUGCUAUUCUUCUCCGCCUACCCGACCUUCAAAGCAAAGAAAUGGUGGACCAGGUCGCCUUGGAUUUCUGUUUUCUGAACUCAAAAGCUUCACGAAAUCGACUGAUCAAGGCAAUACAAGACGUCCCAAAAGGUCGUACGGAUCUCCUUGCCUUGUAUGCUCGACUUGCCGCCACUCUUGGCCAGUACAUGACAGACAUCGUCCAAGGCUUGGUCACACAUCUUGAUGACGAAUUCAGAAGUCUUCAACGGCGCAAGACCAAAGACUUUCUAGGUCAGGUCCGGCUCUUGAACAUUCGCUAUCUUGCAGAGCUCACCAAAUUUGGCGUCGUGCCAGAACACGUAAUAUUUCAUUGUUUCAAAGUCAGCCUGGACGACUUCUCGCGGAUGAACAUCGAGAUCAUUGCGCAUUUACUCGAGAAUUGCGGAAGGUACCUUCUUCGCAACCCCGAAACAUCUCCUCGAAUGGCCUCUUUUCUUGAAACCCUCAAUCGCAAGAAGUCUGCGCAACACCUCGGUACACAGGAGCGCAUGCUGAUUGAGAACGCGCUCUACUAUGUCGACCCUCCGCAGAGGGCCGCAAUUCAGCAGAAAGAGCGUACUCCCAUGGAGCUGUUUGUGCGUCAAAUGAUAUACAUGGACAUGACAAAGCGCAACUACAUGAAAGUGCUCAAGACGAUACGGAAGUUGCACUGGGAAGAGAGAGAGGUUGUCGUAAUGUUGCAGAAGAUCUUCAGCAAACCCGGCAAAGUCAAGUUCAGCAAUAUCCAUCUCCUUGCCGUCCUCCUGCAGGCACUGAAUCGUUAUCAUCAAGACUUUGCGAUUGGGGUCAUCGACAAUAUUCUCGAACAGAUUACAUUGGGUCUGGAACAAAAUGACUUCAAGUUCAACCAACGUAGGGUCGCUGAAGUUAAAUAUCUCGGCGAGCUGUACAAUUACAAGAUGAUCGACUCGACCGUCAUUUUCGACACACUGUAUCGAAUUGUAACAUUCGGCCAUGAGGGAGGUACUCCGCAACCUGAAAAAUACAAUCCUUUCGAUCCUCCCGACGACUUCUUCAGAAUUCGGCUCGUAUGCACGAUUCUCGAUACAUGCGGUAUUUGUUUCGACAGAGGCAGCUCCAAAAAGAAGCUCGAUUUUUUCCUGACUUUUCUGCAAUACUACAUGGCCACCAAAGAUCCGCUUCCAAUGGAGAUCGACUUUCUUGUCCAAGAUACGUUUUCUCUCAUCAGACCCAAUUGGAAACUUGUGACUGAACUCGGAGAAGCGGCCAAAGUUUUCGCUGAAGCAGUCAGCACAAACUACAAGCAGUCAGCCUCUGAAAAGGGAGUUGAGCAAGCAGAGGAGUUGGAAGAAUCUGGCUCUGAGGACGAAGGUCUUGGUGAUGCCGAUGGUGAAAUCGAGCCCGAAAUGCCACAAUCUUCCGAAGAAGAAGAGGGCGAGGAUGGCAUUGACGAAGAUGCGGCGGACGAUAAGGAGCCAGCUGAUUCCGACGAAGAAGAGCAAAUUGUGGUUCUGCGUCAGGAAGAGCAGCUCGAUCCUGAAGCCGAGGCAGAUUUCGACCGAGCCUUCGAGAGAAUGAUGGCCGAAAGUUUGGACUCUCGAAAAUUCGAACGUCGCGCACAAUUUGAUGUGCCGUUGCCUAUCCGCAAGAUUCAACGCCAGCCUGCUGAAUCUGUCGAAGAGGACCCGAAGCCAUCGGCUGAAUCGGAACAAAAUACAAUGGCGUUUUCAUUGAUGACUCGGAAAGGCAAUCGCCAGCAGACAAAAACGAUUGAGCUCCCCUCGGACUCGAGCUUUGCGGUCUCGAUGAAGUCAAAACAGGCGGCCGAACGAGAGGAACAACAGCGUAUUAAGAACUUGGUAUUGAACUACGAUCUACGUGAAGAUGAUCAUCACGAUGGUAUAUCCCAAAGUCUCCCUUAUGGCCCUACUGUGCUCCCCCCUUUGCAAAAGAACCCCAAUACUAAGGGACUCAAACCAGGCUUCGACCAUUACAACCCUUCCCUCAGCCGGUCUGAAAAGUCCGGGCGCAAUGCACCUCGUGCCAGAAGACUCAAUCUUAGUGACGUGGACUGGUAUGACACAAGAACUCCAUCUCCAAGUGGUUUGGGGGGCAGAAUUGAAAACCGAAUCUCUUCUGCUUCACCAACUAGAAAACACCCCAAGUUGUCGAAGAAGCCAGGCUGA